AUGACGUCGUCGUCAUCAUCGUUCUUUGCUUCUCAUCUCUCCGUCGUCCCGCAGCGCGUCCCACUAUCCUCUGCUCACUUCCGGCCACUCCACUCAAAUUCAGUUGGGUUUGUCGUUAAAUCAAGUCUGGAGAACGAUGGUUCCGCUCCUGAAAGUUCGGGAACUUCAGACUUUCCAGUCACACCAAAGGAAUCCCAAACAUCAACAUCAAGACGUUGGUGUCUUACGUGUAUAUGUUCAACUGUGGCUUUGAUCGGUAAUUCCUCAGUUUCGCUUUCUGUGCCAAGGGCAAAUGCUUCAGAUGGAAAAGAAAAGCCUGUGUGCCGUAAUUGUCAGGGCUCUGGUGCUGUACUUUGUGACAUGUGUGGUGGUACUGGCAAAUGGAAAGCCCUCAACAGGAAGCGUGCGAAAGAUGUCUAUGAGUUCACAGAAUGCCCUAAUUGCUAUGGUAGAGGUAAACUUGUGUGUCCUGUCUGUUUGGGCACUGGUUUACCGAAUAAUAAAGGUCUUCUUAGAAGGCCUGAUGCAAAACAGCUGCUUGAUAAGAUGUACAAUGGUCGGUUAGUGCCCAACUCAUAA